AACCACUACACGCAAAAAAAAAACAUCGAGACGACUCCAUAGAGAAGGAGUAAAAAUCGUUUACGAUUAUCGUAGUAAAACGCGAGUAAAAGGAUUAGGAUUUAUUAUGUUUUGAUAAUUUUUUCGUUAACGGAUAUUGUAUACGUAAUAUAUAGUAUUAAUUUUAUUCAUUGUAUUGAUCUAUCGCCGUACGUUAUUCUGUACGAUAAUAUUUCUGUUUUACAUUAAAUUGCGCGAUCCUUUGGAAAUUUUAACGUUUUGUAUUUACACCACGAUUCAUUGCUUACAUUUACGUUGAAAACUUAUUAUUGUUUCGUUUUUUAUUUUUAUUUUAUCUGUUAUCACUUUAUUCACGUGUGACAACGAGCCGUUCGAGUAACCUAAUCAUUUUACGAACCUCGUGUCUAUUAACAUAAUUUAUUUUAUUAUACACACACACAUACACUUGUGAACUGAACUUUGUCAAUGGAAGGAGUGUGACGGGAGUUUGUGCGGCGGAAAACAGAAACGGAGGUGGUGGCGGUGACAGCGACGACGUCGACGACUACGGCGUCGGCGGCGGUGUUCACGCAGUGGAUCUCGCACGCGGACACCGUAAUCACCGUGCCUAUCGUAGGGGGAAGCGUACGCCGCCGACGACACAAGCAUGUACGCGGCGGCCGGUGGCGCGUCGCUGGCCAGCAGACGGCACAAGCCCAAGCACCGGAACACGGCGGACGCGGAUGCGCUGAUCCACCAACAGUUCCAGCGCCGGUUCCAGCAGCACCAGCAGCAGUAUGCGCCCGCGUCCGUGGAACACCAACUCCGCGCCUCGUCGUCGCUGACGCCGUCCACGCCAAUGUCACCAUUCGGUCAAAUCCGGUUGUCGGGCCCGUUCGAUCCAGCAGAGAAUAAGACAGCAGCUUCGGUAGCUUGGCCUGGACCAGUCGGUCCGUCUCCAGACAGCGAUGGCACGGCACCAGGUGAUUCCAUACUCAUACACCUGCCGGCUGAGGCACAUUUGAAAUGGACGAAAAAAAAUAAGAUCCACGAUGCCCUGUCGUUCGGUGGAGGUGACGGCGCCGACCGGCGGCUGUACGAGCUGCAGCAGGGCGCGGCGGCCAACACGCUGCUGUACGUGGGACUUUGCUCGGUGGCGCUGGGCCUGAUCAUAGCGUUCGUGGGCACCGGUGAGAAGGGUUUCAAGACAGUCCAGCUCAGGUUCAUCGGGCCCGGCAUGAUCGCCAUCGGCGUGUGCUGUUGCGUUGUACGCAUCAUGUUGUGCUUCUGUCCGCCGACGUUCUGCUUCAAGCGCCGCCGUCACAAGGGCGGUGGCGGUGCUUCCGACAAGAUGGCCGAGUUCUACAAGUACAUGCCGUUUCGAAAUCAUCCGAUGGGCGGUAACGCCAACGCCACCGUUGCCGCCGCCGAACCGCUCACCGGUGUCGCGGUCGAAACCGUACCGAUGACUGUUCUGAAACCGGCGCUGAAACGCGUGUCCAUGGCCGCCGAUCAGCAACCGCAUAUCGUCUAUCAACAAACGAAAAGGAUGCCCAAGGCUACUCCAGAAGCUAGUUUGGACAGCAGCAUGGAACAUCUGAUUGAACAGGACGACCAUUUGUACACGAAAGACGAGGUGAGCUCGAAUAAAAAUCUUUCCAACCUCAAGUCAACUUUGACAUUUGAGGACUCGUUGAAUGUGGCCACCAAAAUGAUGGUUAAAUCGUUCGAGGAGCUGAACAACACGUCUUCCACGCCCAGCACCGACUCAGCCGACCAGCAUCACCAGGAACUGGUGCUGAGCGCCGUGAACCUGACUAAGUAGAUUUUCGAGUCGAUCUGCAUAAUACAUUACACAUACCACAUACAUAUAUUAUUAUAAAUUAUUGUUGUAUUCAGACGAAUUUGGCUGUGACGAAUAACCCCCACACAUAUAUAUUAUAUUAACAAUUAACUAUAUAUAUAUAUAUAUUAGGGUAGGAUCUUAAGCAACAUUUGAAUACCUGGGAAAGCACCUGGGAUACAAUUACCUCCCUGGUAUUCGAGGGACGAAACAAUACUGUUUUUCUCUUUGAAUAUUAUAAAACAGGGUGUGAUGUGGCAAGAGUCCUAAGGUUAAUCCAAUGCAAUUUUAUUUUAUUGAUACCACCUUUUUUAAAUUUGCGUUCUUAUUUUUAAAACAUUUAAUUUUUACUCUCCCUGUUAAGUUUAAAAAACGCCACCUAUGAGUAUGGGUAGUAUAUUAGAGUGCGUACUUGAUAUAUUGAUAUAUAAUUGCAAUUUGCCCGUCAUGAAAUAUAAAAUAAUAAAAACUCAAAGACACGUAUA